AUGGGAGGCGGUGCAGGCAUGCUCGAUGGGGAGGCGGUGCAGUGGGGCGGUGCAGGCAUGCCAACGAUGGGAGGAUGCUGGGCAUGCCAGGCGAUGGGCAGUGCAGGCAUGCGCGGAUGGGGGGUGCAGGCUGCCAACGAUGGGAGCGGUGAGGCAUGCCAACGAUGGGGGCAGUGCAGGCAUGCCAACGAUGGGAGUGGUGCAGGCAUGCCAGCGAUGGGAGCGGUGCAGGCAUGUGCCAACGAUGGGAGGCUGUGGGCAUGCCAACGAUGGGAGGCGGUGCAGGCAUGCCAACGAUGGGAGGCAGUGCAGGCAUGCCAACGAUGGGGACGGUGCAGGCAUCCAGCGAUGGGCGGUGCGGGCAUGCCAACGAUGGGAGGCGGUGCAGGCAUGCCAAGAUGGGAGGCGGUGCAGGCCUCCAGCAUGGUGCAGGCGAAGGGGGCGGUGCAGGCAUGCCAACGUGGGAGGCGUGUGCAGGCAUGCCACAUGGGGCGGUGCAGGCCUGCGAUGGGAGGCGGUGCAGGCAUGCCAGCGAUGGGAGGCGGUAUGCCAAGGAUGGGAGGCAGUGUAGGUAACCAGCGAUGGGAGGCUGUGUAUGCCAGCGAUGGGAGCGGUGCAGGCAUGCCAGCGAUGGGAGGCUGGGGUAUGCCACGAUGA